GGAUCCUUUCAGCAUAACCAUAACCCAUAACCCAACAAUAAGAACGUCGACACCUUGUGCAACGCCGAGUUCGCAAGACAACGCGGCCGUGACAUCAUUCUGCCCAGGGUUGUCGCCGAGCAUGGAAUCACGUGCUGGGAUGCAUCACUAGCCAUCACUAGUAGUGUACUCCGUACCUUGGCUGUCACCGGACCCUUUUCCCAGCACCCAAGAAUACGACCAGUCUCAGAGAGAGAAAAUCCAGAAUCCCAGCCAUGAGCAUCACCCAGACGCAGCGAGUCAAGGUCGCAAGCAGUUGGCCUGCACAGCUUCGAUAUCCUGGCUGUGAUUAUUCGAUCCAGACGUGAAGCAGCACAUUGCUAUACCACACAACAAGUCCUCAACUCCCAACACACACAACUGCAACAAUGACAACCACAACCACAACCACAACCACAACCACAACCACAACAACCCCCCACCACCCCCCCAAGCCCCCGUACAACCCCCUAAUCAACCCCGCCAACGCAACCCCCAUCUCCGCCAACAACCCCCCCCAACCCACCACGCACAUCUUCCUCGCCCGCCCCCUCAGCGGCGCCCUCCUCUUCGACAACCUCACCUCGGACGCGCGCGACCACUGCGCCAACGAGCGCACUUUCCUCUCGUGGCUGCGCCUGGCCAUGUACCUGGGCGUCGUGGCGAUCGCGAUCAUCAUCUCGUUCCACUUCCAGACGCCGCCGACGGGCUUGGAGCGGCGCAUGGCGCUGCCGCUGGGGAUCGUGUUCUGGCUGCUGAGCCUGACGUGCCUGAUCACUGGAUUCGCCAACUAUAUCCGCACGGUCCGCAAGUACAGCCAGCAGGCGGCGCUGGUGCAGAGCGGGUGGAAGACCCAGGUCAUGUUUACGGUGGUCGGGACGGUGAUUCUGGCGUGUUGUGUGCUGUUUUUGGCGACGGAUGCGAAGACGUCCCGUUGAACUUUCAAGGGACAUGGGUUGAGGAUGGAUUAUGCACUACGAUCUCAGGUGAGCGCUAGAGGGAAGGGUAUAGGUCAAGGUGAAGGGCAAGGGCAAAGUCUGGGCCGGUUUAUGAUAUGUACGAAACAAGCGAGUCGCCAAUUAUCUUUAGCAUCAAGAUCACGGUCAAUGUGAAUGCAGUGGUUUGUUGAAACU